UGUUUCUUGAAUAGCAAUGUUGUGCAUUUUUUUGAUCGCUUUCGUCCAUUCUCUAUCGAUUGGAGUGGCCGACUUGAAUGUGGAUCCCAUCUACUACAAUGUUUCCAUCCUAACCCGCCUGGAUGGCGGGUCGGCCCAGAACCGAUACGAAGGAUUCGUGGGCAUCGAUGUGAUGGUGAAGAACUCCACCAAAAAGAUAACCAUUUUCGCCUCCGAUCUGAACUUAUUCGCGCAAAGAUCGUGGUUGCUUCGAAAAACCACGGGUCGUCGCAUUUCUGUGGUCAAGGCUACUCGGAAUAAAAAAUCUUCUACUCCCGACGAACUGACCAUCUUCUUAACGCACACCCUCUGGCUGGGCGAGGUGUACACGCUGUACAUGUACUUUCAGGGGGCUCUGAACAGGCCUCAGAAGUUUGGAUACUUCUCGGUUCGUUACAAUACACCAGUGCCCCAUUUCUAUGCCAUAACGCACAUGGAACCGGUCUACGCCCGCUACGUUUUUCCCUGCUUUGACCAGCCGCAUUUCCGGACCAAAUUUCAUCUCCAGAUGAUCCAUAACAAGCAAUAUGUGGCCCUAAGCAACAUGCCUGUUGCGGAGAAGAAGGCUUACCCACUUCUCGAAAACUACGAAAUGACCAUCUUCGAGGACUCUCCCCCGCUGCCCACACACAUGAUGAUGUGGGCACUUCACUCAUUGGAGAAUGUAUUAAAUGGGAGUACCAAUGGCAGCGAGGGUGCAGAGAUCGCCGUUUGGGCGCGUCCCAAUCUGACGGACCAGCUGCAUUAUGUGCUGGAGGUGACACCGGAAUUAUUUAGCACUUGCGAGAGCCGGUUCGGCCAGCCUUUGCUCUCUGGCAAAAGUGGUAAGUUUGACAUUGUGGUGUUGCCAGAGUACUCGGAUCAGAGGAGCAGCUUGGGCUUGUUGUUCAUUGGGGAGGAUGAAAUGGGUCCGAGCUAUGCAUCACAGGAGAUCCUGCACGAGAAUCUCGCGACAUUGGUGGUCCGCCAGUGGUUUGGUCGACUGGUGAGCCUCGAAGACUUGAGCUCAGCAUGGGUGCGCAAUGGCAUUAACUACUACCUGGCCAUCCAGGUGGUUGCCAUGGGUCACCAAGACCUGCGUCACAACAUGUCCCGUUUGUUGAGCAUCCGUUUGAAACUGAUGGAGAGGGACUCCUUGCCCAAGACGCGGGAGCUAACGGCACAUCUGCGUGGCCAUGUACACCGGGAGCUGCGACACUCCAAGAUGUGCCUGCUCACCCAUAUGCUGUGCAUGGCCAUUGGCGAGAAGGCGUUCUACGACGGAAUCAAGAACUUCUUCAAGCAUUAUGCUAACAUGACUGUUAGUCCAAAGAUCUUGUGGCAGGAGAUUCAGCAGGCUGGACGGAGGGCACUCCACCUGCCGCUCAGCUUACAACUGGGCACGGUUAUGCAGUCGUGGUUCCAACAGCCCGGCUACCCCCUGAUAACCGUGCUCCGCGACGACCUAAAUAAGACGGUGACCCUCAGACAACAACGAUACAUCCAGACAUCGGGCAUGGGAAUGGAAUCGAAGUCAUGUUGGUGGCUACCAAUCAUGUAUAUCACCAAGACGCAUCGGGUGCCCCAGACCGAGUGGCUGGGUUGUCACAAGAAUAGCCCAGAGCUGCGAAUGUUGGAGUUGCGAAACAUUUUCGAGGCUCCGGACGAAUGGUUCCUGGUUAAUACCGAGGUGGCGGCGCCGAUACGCGUCUACUACGACCUGCAGAACUGGCGUCUUCUCACUGUGGCUCUGCGGGAGAACUUCACCCAGGUGCCGGAGGUGAGUCGGGCCGCCCUUUUGGACGACGCCCUUCAUUUGUCGUGGGCCGGAUACCUUCCCUAUGGUGUCACCUUAGAUCUGAUGCGGUAUCUUCAAAACGAGACAAGCCACCUCGUCUGGCAGACGGCCACAUCGAGUCUCGAGAAACUACACAGUAUUAUGCACCUGACCACAGGCUAUCGCAUCUUCAAGUUGUACAUGAAACAGUUGGUGGGUCCACCGUUCAAGGAAGUACUGAAAACGAUGUCAUCAUUAGACAAUAGACCCCUUCUUAAGCCAAAAUCGCUCGGAACUGAGUCCAUUAGUUCCCUGGGAGCAAUGCUCUAUCGGCUGGCAUGCCAGUUCGACAUCCAAGAGUGCAUGACGGAUGCCCUGAACAAGUUUAAAGAGGCUAUGACUAGCGGCUCCACGGCCACCAUACCCGAGGGACUCCGGGGUACGGUGCUGUGCAUUGGCAUCCGGCACGGUGCCGAGGAGUUCUGGCUGAUGGUGCGGGACAUGUAUCGACAGACGCAUGAGGAGACCGAGAAACGUGUCCUCCUGAACUCAUUGAGCUGCACCACCGAGUACUGGGCUCUGAGGAAACUGCUCCUCUGGGCUCUCGAUCGAAAAGUGGUUCCUCGUUCCCUAACCGUUGGGCUCCUGGCAAGUGUGCUGAAGGGAUAUCUGGGCUACUAUCUUGGAAAACAGUUCCUAGUGGAGAGCAUGGACCAGAUCCUGAGACGAUUCAACAGCAUGGCCAUUUUUUCAAUUUUAAAGCCAUUUGUUGAAACAGUCACCUCGACCGAAGAACUCAACACGUUGGAGGAGCUGUUCCGCGAGAAGCUCUCCGAAUCGUUGCAGUCCCAUAUUGGCGAUCUAAUGGAGAGUGCCUAUGACCAGGUCAACUGGCGGAAGUACCAGUACUAUGAGCUCCUGUUGGCCAUCAGAAAUUACACAAUCGAUAAUCUCGAAUAGACGAGUUUUGGCUUUAUUUUUUAUAGAUAUUAUUCGAAUUAAAUCACUUUUACCACGAAAA